UCCUUCCCACAUGGCUCCGCAACCUCACCUGGCCUCCUAUACCAUCUAACUGCUUCACAUAGUAUCAGUAUCGACCAUUGCACCCAGGUCAUUAUGUACAACACCCGGCACAGGGGCGGACUGACAACUCAUGGGGUCCCCGGGCUAUGGGGGAUCAUGGGGCCCCUGUGUCCUUGCCCAAACUCAAAAAAGCCUAUGAAAAAGGUACCAGGGGCAUCUCAUGGGGCCCCCUACUGACCCCGGGCCCUCAGACAGUGCCCAAGUUUCCAAAUGGUCAGUCUGCCCCUG